AUGCACCGCGCAUUGAGCAGCCCAUCCCCGUGGCAAGCCGCUUCUGUGACCGCAGCUGCUCCCGCGAGCAGCCACUCCCGUGUCACCGCCCAGAAGCAGCACUUCCGUGGUCCAGCUGCUUCCGUCGAGCAGCCCAAUCCCGUGGCCAGCCUGCCCCGCCAAGCAAUUCUCUCGUGGCCCAGCCUGCUCCUGCUGGCAGCAGCCUUUCAUAACCCCACCUGCUCACGACGCAGCCCACUCCCGUGUCCAGCCUGCUCCGAUCAGCAGGUCCGACUCCGUGCCCAACCUGCUCCGUCCAGCAGCCCAUUCCGGGCCCAGCCUGCUCUAGCUGCUCUCGCGGCCGCAGCCAGCUUGUUCUCGGACCCCCCUGCCCCGACAAGCAGCCCCUCCCGUAGUCCAGCCUGCUUCAUAAAGCAGCCACAUCCCGUGGCCCAGCCGUUCCUGCCAAGCACCUGUUCUGUGACCCACCUGCCGGACGAGCAGCCCACUCACGUGGCCCAGCCUCGCCCCGCGGCGUCUGCUUCCGUCCGAACAGCCCAUUCCUGUGGCCAGCCUGCUCCUGCCAAAGCAGCCUGCUUCUUGACCAAGCCUGCUCCCACGACAGCCUACUCUCACUGCUAUCCUGCCCAGUGGCUUCCAAGCAGCCAAAGUCGGCCCAAGACUAUCAACAUCCGGACCUACCAUCGAACCGGGGGCAUUCUACCACAUUUUUCGCGGGUUUGA